AAAAUGGUGUGAGUCAUCAGUCUGCAUAAGUCCCUUGAUGAGUUCUAGUCACUUCAUCCCUGAAUCUUCAUCUGAAGCGACAAACGUUGUGCAGAGCAGAAGAAAAACAGAAAGAAGAAUUUAUUCUGAAAAAAAAUGGACAACAUAGCUGGAAUCCUGAGAGAAGUGCAGGUCGAGUACGAAGAAACGCAAGGUGUGAUGUUAUCUCUCUUCAAACGAGCGCUUAGUUAUGCAAAUAAAACCCUAUUGAAGUUUUUAGUAUUUGAAGAUAUCCCGAUUGCUUCAUUUGUUGAUCCAAAAACUCAAAAUACAGCUCUCCAUUAUAUCUCUUCAUAUCGUGAUAAGACGGAUCUGGCUCUUGCAUUGAUUCGAAGUGGUUCUAACGUUAAUGCACAAAAUAAAAAUGGCGAAACUCCACUUCACUAUGCUCUUCGUAGUGCAUUGAAAUGUGUAAAUAACAACACUGUGUCUCUCAAUGAAGCCUUCUCUACUUCUGCACUGUUUAUAAAAAAUGGAGCUUCCCGCAAUGUUUGUUGUCAGAGGGGCAUCAGUCCAAUUCAGGAAGCCUUACUAUCAGGAUAUUUGGAAGCAGCGGAGAUAUUUCUCGUAUACAGAAUGAAACUUCUAAAUAGCGAACAAGUUCAUCGCGUCAUAAGAUGUCGACGUUUUGUACAAUUUUUGUUCCGCGAAGGAAAGCAUUUCACCAUUGCUUCGUCAAAUUACUCGACUCUUUUAAAUUUUGCAGCAAUGAACCAAGACGAGGAUAGUUUCUUGUUUCUUUUAGACCAGGGUGAAUUUGAUCUGAAUGCUUUCAGUCCACAUAAGGAAACAUUAUUGCAUAUUGCUGCUGGAUGGGGUACGAUAUCAAUGAUAAAAGCCUUGGUUGAUCGAGGUGCGAAUCUUGAAGCUCUGAACAAGAAAAACAUGACUCCUCUUUAUUACGCAAUUUGUAGCGAAGAUUCAGAAAAGGUUUUCUAUCUGCUAGAGUCCGGAGCUUUCGUGAAUACUCUCACUGAAGAGUUUUUAACUCCACUUCAUUAUGCUACAUCUUUGGAAAGUUUGGAAAUGGUAAAGAUGCUGGUGAAUAAGGGUGGGUAUGUGAAUGCCUUAUCCUACAACCGAUCACCACUUCUAAUUGCUUGUGGUAGCCUAUAUGCUGCAAAAUGUCCUGGUUCUCCAUUGUGUGAAUUAAAUUAUAUUUUCCUGCGCAAAAACUACUUUCAAGUGGUACCAAGUGGUCCUUCAUCUGAAGGAUGUUGCAUGCGCCAUAAUUAUAAUUCGAAGAUAGUGGAGUUUCUGCUCGAUCAUGGAGCUGACAUCGAGGCUAAAACUCGAAAUGGUAGAACUCCAUUGGAUGUUUCUUGUCAAAAGGGUAAUUUGGAGAUAACAAAAAUUCUGUUGAGGCGCGGUGCGAAAAUUUCUCAAAGAGGAUUCACAACAUUACACUGUGCAAUCACUGGUGCUCACCCGGAUAUAAUUAGACUUAUCUUGGAAAAUGGGGCCAAAGUUAACUACAGAUGGACUAUUGGUGGAAGUCCGUUGCAGUACAUGUUUAGAAUUUCAGGCGAUUUUGUGGAAUUGUUGGAUAUCUUGUUAGAAUUCGGGGCCGAUGUUAAUUUGUCACUUGGAAAAAAAUCAGCUCUUCACCUAGCUUGUCUUCAGUUAGGUAGAGAAUAUGUCAUCAGACGUUUAUUGAAAUAUAAUGCAGAUGUCAAUGCUGUCGAUGAAAGGGGAUUGACACCUCUCGAUUACGCUAUUCAUACCUGGUAUGUUGAUAAUUGUCGGCAAUAUCAGGAACUUUUAGUUUCUUAUAUUUGUCGAAUGAAAGAGGAUAAUAAAUACUUGAACAAGAGAAAUCGGAUGAUAUUAAUUUCUGAUCACAAUGUACGUAGGAUACGGAAGAAGUGCGAGAAGGAAAUCAGGGAAUUGAAAAAUCUGCAGAUUUGUUCAUCGGUUAGGUUAAGCUUUUACGAUAUUUUGACAAAAGAUUUGGACAAGUUGGGGGCUAUUUUAAAAAAUGAAGAUGUCAAAAAGUCCUUAAGGGAAAGUCCUCAUAAAGAAAAUCUUUCAAUUUACGCUUUGGAUUUAGAAGAUCGCAUCAUCGAAGGAAAGCUAAAGCGCAGAUUAGUUGAAAUAGUGGGUUCUUUUUUAACCAAACAUGUUCCAUUUGAGAUAAGUUUAGAAAUCCUAAAAUAUUGCAGCAUCAGGGAUUUGACGAAUUUUGCAGAAGUUUGUAGUGAACAUGCUUUAAACCUUGACGAAGAGAAUCUUAGUUUCAUAGAUUGUACCGGGCAAGUAAAUACACUAAAUACGUAAUUAUUACGUUACAGUAAAUUUUCGAAUAAUAAUUAUUCUUGCGUUGAUAAAAUAUGUACAUAUAUAGAUAGGGGAUUCGAAAGUUGUAUUUUUACUAUUUGUGUUGGAUUCUGACAUUUCUGAUAGAAUACUUUCGCAGUGUAUUUUUAUAAAAUAAACCUUGACCUUGUAAACUGUA